UACGUAGAUAAUAAUAUAGGUAAGAAUAAUAAUUAAUUGUAUAGACAUUAUUUGUUAUUACUUUAUUUGCCGCUGACCGGUACGCUGUGCAGUGUUCCAAAUUACAACAUUUGGACGCGCCGCACGUGCCAACAACGACGUUACGUGGCGUGACGAAUGGCCGAGAGAAGCUACGCGUACGAGAUGGUGGCUACGGGAACCGGCGCAGUGGACGAGCAGCCUUACAGAAUGGAGUCGGGGCAACUGUGGCGACAGUACUUGAUCGGGGCCGUCGCGAACAUCGCAAUCCUCUGUACCGGGUACAGUAUGGGAUGGACGGCGCCGGUCAACAUCAAGCUGACCUCCAACGACACGUCGCAGUCGCCCCUCGAAGAGAAGGCGACCAGCGAUGAGAUCGCUUGGAUGGGUUCCGUGCUCAACAUUGGCGCUAUUAUUGGUCCUUUUAUCGGCGGUUUCGCCGCAUCGAGCAUCGGUAGAAAAUGGGGUCUUAUGUCUUCGGCGGUACCCCUGUUCGUCGGCUGGAUCCUAGUGGCCGCUGCCACAAACAUGGCGUUUCUAUACGCAGGCAGGAUAUUCUGGGGUAUCGCUGUGGGCAUGCUCUUCACUAUAUCGCCCAUGUACUGCGCGGAGAUCGCUACGGUCGACUCCCGAGGUGCGCUGGGCUCUUUCCUGCAGUCGUUCAUAACAGUGGGUUUCCUGCUGGUAUACGGCGCAGGGCCGUUCAUAUCGUACCACGCGGUGGCCUACCUCGGUGUGGCGGUGGUUGCUGUGUUUGCUGUCUCCUUCUUCUUCAUGCCAGAAUCACCAACAUACUAUCUUUUAAAAGACAGAAAUGAAGAUGCAGCGCAAUGCCUGAUGACACUCCGCGGCAGAUCCCGACAGGGCGUGGCGGCCGAGCUCGCUCUGUUGAAAGCUGACGUCACUGCCUCCAUGGAGAAAACUGCCACGAUCAGAGACGUGUUCCACGGCAGCAACUUCAAGGCGUUCUACAUCUCCUGCGCGCUGGUGUUCUUCCAGCAGUUCAGUGGAAUCAACGCGGUCCUGUUCUACAUGACAGAUAUCUUCAAAGCUUCAGGCACUGACCUGGAUCCAUCUAUCGCUACAAUCAUCAUUGGUGCAGUACAGCUGGUGGCGUCUUUCAUCACCCCGUUCGUAGUGGACCGUCUGGGCAGGCGUAUCCUGCUUCUUGUAUCCUCAUGUGGAACUGCCAUUGGAAGUACUCUGCUCGGCAUGUUCUUCCUACUGACAUACACUGGCAGUCCAGUCGCAGAGAAGAUCAGCUUCCUGCCCAUCCUGGCCUUGGUUCUCUUCAUCGUCACAUACUGCUGGGGUCUGGGUCCUUUGCCGUGGGCGGUGAUGGGCGAGCUGUUCCCCAUCGAGGUGAAGGCGGCCGCUGCGCCCAUAGCCACCGCCUUCUGCUGGAUCCUGUCCUUCCUCGUCACCAAGUUCUUCCCAUCCAUCUCGGAGUCGAUCGGCAUGCACGUGGGCUUCUUCAUCUUCGGCGCGUGCUGCGUGGCCGCCUUCUUCUUCACACUCUUCGUAGUUCCUGAGACCAAGGGCAAGAGCUUCCAAGAAAUUCAGGCGAUGCUGGGCGCAAAGAACACGGAGCCUGAAAAGGCGUAAGAUCUUUUCCAGUGCAGAGAAUACAACGAAUUUAAAUAUUAAUAAAUUAAAAACAUCCGUAAAAUUAAGAUACAUUUUAAUUACUUAUUAAGAUUAUUUUACUACUAUUUUGUAAAACGAAUGAUCAAAAUGGGACCAAAAAAAAUUAUAGGUAAUUGUUUUGAAUAAAUUGGCAAGAUACUGUAUCUAAUGGUAUGGCUCCGUUAUAGGAAUUCGGCAAAUGACUCACUUGCCAGCAAGUCUGAUUGCAGUCAAGAGCUUGCAUUAGUCUGUAAAUU